AUGGUUGAGCAUUCCGGUUUUAGGGAGUUCAUGCAACUUGCUCAACCUUUGUUCAAGGUGCCUAGUCGGAAUACAAUUAGAGCGGACAUUCUAAAGCAGUAUGAGGGUCAAAAGACCACACUUGUUGAGUCUAUGAAUAGAAGCGCAAGUAGGGUUGCAUUGACGACGGAUAUGUGGACUUCAUUUAAUGGAAAGAAGGGGUAUAUGGCUAUUACAGCUCAUUUUGUGGACAACAAUUGGAGUCUACAUAAUUUAAUUUUGAGGUUUAUUUAUGUCCCGGCUCCACAUACAGCAUUGGCUCUUUCAAAAGAAAUGUUGAAAUGUGUUUUAGAUUGGAAUCUUGAGAGAAAGGUGUCUACAGUAACUGUUGAUAAUUGUUCAACUAAUGAUGCUUUAAUAAAUAACAUGUUUUCUAAGCUUAAUCGUAAGCAUCUUUUAUUUGGGGGAAAAUUUUUCCAUAUGCGUUGUUGUGCACAUAUCUUGAAUUUGAUAGUGCAAGAUGGGCUAAAAGUUAUGGGGAAUGGAUUGGAAAGAGUUAGAGAUAGUGUUGGUUUAUGGUUAGCUACACCAAAAAGACAACAACUAUUUAAAGAAAGUGCAACACAUUUGGGCAUAGAAUACUCAAAACAGUUAGUUCAGGAUUGUAAGACUCAAUGGAAUUCUACUUAUUUGGUGCUUUCUGUUGCAUUGCAAUACAAAGAUGUUUUUUACCGUUUGAAACAACAAGAGUUUUCUUUUCUUUGUGCACCAUUUGAACAAGAUUGGGAGUUAGCUGAGAACAUUUGUGAUAAAUUGAAAGUCUUUUAUAAAGCAUCAAAUGUAUUUUAUGAAAGAAAAUAUCCAACUUCAAAUGUUUUCUUCCUAUUCAUGUUUGAGAUUAAGGUUAAUUUGUGCGAUUGGGUUGAGUCAACUGAUUUGGUGAUAGCAAAUAUAGCUAAGAGUAUGCUUGCAAAGUUUGAUAAAUAUUGGGAAGUGGUGCAUGGGAUUCUAGCUGUAGCUAAUGUUCUUGAUCCAAGGUAUAAGUUAGGAGUUAUUCAGUUCUUCUUUCAAACAUUUUAUGGAGAUAAAGCUGCAUCAGAAAUUGAGAGGGUUAAGACAUAUUGCAAUGAUUUGUGCCGUGACUAUGAGUGUUCUUCAAUAGCAACAUCUUCAAGUAAACACGUUCAAUCUGUUGUUGGAGGGGAGAAUUUGACUAAGGGUGACCCAGUUAGGGAUAAAUUGAAAACCUUUAUGGAAAGUGCAACACAUUUGGCUGAGACAUCAGAGUUGGACUUGUAUUUAGAGGCUAAGAGGUCACCAUUUGAUGAUGAUUUGGAUGUUUUAUCAUGGUGGCAAACUAAAGGAAAGAAAUAUCCAACUUUGAGGAACAUUGAUGAAGUUAAUCAAAAUGUGAUGGUGGAUACUACAUCUUUUGAUGAUUUUGUAUCUCCCGCGGUUGUGUUGGCCCCUCGUGCCCAACCAAACCCUCCUUUGGAUGAUUCUGAUAAUGGGGUCGCUGGUGAAGAGGAGGACGAUACACAUCCUGUGAGAGAGUUAGUUGGUGGUGGGACCUCAGUAAAGACUGUUGAUGAGGAGUUCGUUGACAAGAUUGGUGUGUUAGUUGCAGCGGUGGAUGACAUGCUGCAGUUCCUCGAGUGUCAUCUAGGUCAGUCGUCCCGCUUAGAUACUUUUGGGUGGGUUGUAUCUGUUGCUCGCAAGAUCCUUAUGUUGUUUGAUCAGUCGGGGCGUUCUGUGGCGGAACCCCAUAGGAAUUUGGGGGUCGGGCAACGCAGAUGGAUGACGAUAUGUGGAGCAAUCCAGACAAUCUCCGUGCAGUUGAGGCGAUUGAGAGGACGACUCAGCAGAACAAGUCAGCUCAACAGAUUCCUUCCUUUAGUUUUGGUCUGA